UUUCAUUCUGGGAAUAUCUCGUCUUGUGCUCCGCGCACAUCAAACUUUUAAAAUUACAAAUAGUCAUCACAUUCCCUUGGCUUCUCAUCUCUGAUCUGUAAAUACGCAUAUUUUAUAAGGUCUUGAUUGUGUCUUUGAUUGGCCCUUCCUCCAGUGUGGCCCUUCCCUCAGAAUCUCGAGCUUACCGGUGUGGGCGGGUCUGCAGGAUGAAGUCCAAAGGGAAGGGGGUCAACAAGCGCAGCAGCCAGCAGGCCUGGAGCGAGUCUGACCCGGACAUCAACCCGGAGACGGAGCCCGGCUCCAGCGAGCAGGAGGGCUCCGAGGCGUCCGUCCAGCUGAGGGGCUCCUGGCGGUCCCGCCGGGCGCAGCAGCGCCGGGCCAACGACGACGGCAGCGAGGGCGGCGGCCGAGGGGUGGCCCGGCGACGGCGGCCGCACGGCGGCGCCCGGGAGCGCAACGUCCGGCGCCUGGAGAGCAACGAGCGCGAGCGCCAGCGCAUGCACAAGCUCAACAACGCCUUCCAGGCGCUGCGCGAGGCCAUCCCGCACGUGCGCACCGACAAGAAGCUCUCCAAGAUCGAGACGCUGACGCUGGCCAAGAACUACAUCAAGGCCCUGACCACCAUCAUCCUGGGCAUGUCGGGCGGCUGCCGCUCCGGCACCGAGGGCCCGGACGAGGCCAGCGUGAGCGAGGCCUCGCGCCUCCUGGAGUGCUGCCAGAGGCACCUGGAGGAGGACGACGAGGAGAGCCUGUCCAAGUACCUGACUCAGAUCCACAGCUUCACCCAGGGCAGCUAGCA